AUGGAACAUGAUUGGUGGUCACAAGCAUUUCUCAGUGGAACAAACACUAUUAUUCAUGGUCGUCAUCCAAACAAUGACACAUCACAAAUCUCACAUAUUGUAGAAUAUCAAACCUCGCAAUUGAGCAAUGAUCAAUCAAAGAUCGAAAGUUUUCAGCAACUUCAUCGAAUUCUUCAAUUUCUUCGGUCCAAUAUAGUUGAAGGACCAACUUAUUUGUUACGUCGGCAUCAUGAUGAAAUAACGACAAAGAGCGAUGUAUAUUUGUAUGAAGUAGUGAAUGAAGCAGACAUAAAAAAAUUGACAUUUGUUACACGAGACAUUCUCAAUCAGUUGAUUGUCAGUAAUUAA